AUGUCUUCACGGGAGCUGAGAACUAGCUUUCCAGAUUUGGUGGUGGGUUUGCCCACCUUGACAGAGGGCCAAACUAAUUCUUCAGGUGACUUAUCAUCCGAGGGGGAGCUGCAAGUAACUUGUUUCACAGAGGACCUUCAUGAUGUCAUACUUCAUUUUCAGAUAGUGAGGUUCCCUAAACAGAUCUAUGUGUGGGUUGGAUGCAACACAACAAAGUUUGGCCAUUUGUAUGCUGCUGCAACCACUAGGCCGGAUAACAGAGUGAGCGUCACCUCUGUACUAGGUGGAACGUCUGAUAACGCUGGAUCAAGCAUGGCCCGCCGUCUAGCUUUUAGUAACAGAAAGAUUGCUCUCCCACAUGUUUUAGUGCUGAAGACUGGUCUGAACAUAGUCCUGGCAUGCAACAUCCCAAAAGACAGCCCGAUGCUCGAGGUACCCACAGCCACAGGCGGGCUCAUCUCUGCACGACAAUCUUCUGAUGGUGUGUAUCUGACGCUCACUGGUUCAUGCAUUCAGGCUGCUGCGGAGAGGAAGCUGGUGGAGAAGCUGAAAGGUUUGGGUUAUGUCAGAACCGCAGCUGAUAAGGCUAGCACUUCCACUGCACAUUGA